GAAACCUCUGUCGUGUCCGUUUCUGUACUGUUGGAAAGAAUCAGAGAAACCCAUGUCCUACCAAAAAGGCCCAGCAAGAAUCAGAUAAGAAAAUGCAAAAUGGCAACUCUUCAAAACUGCAGCCACGUGUCUGACUUCCAAUACACUCUGUACUCCAGCACGUACAUCAUCAUUUUCAUACCUGGACUUCUGGCUAACAGCGUGGCGUGUUGGGUCUUAUGUAGUUUAACCAGUAAGAAGAACAAAGCCAUCAUCUUCAUGAUAAACCUCUCCCUGGCGGAUCUCGCUCACGUGUUGUCUUUACCGCUACGGAUUUAUUACUACACAAACCAUACCUGGCCUUUCAAAAACUUCUUGUGCCUAAUGUGCUUCUAUCUUAAAUAUCUUAACAUGUACGCCAGCAUAAUAUUUCUGAUGCUUAUUAGCGUCCAACGUUACGUGUUCACCACAAACCCUUUCAGAGCCAAAGACUGGAAACGCAGAUAUGACAUCACGAUAAGUUUUGUGGUAUGGAUAGUGGUGGGACUUUCUUGUUUGCCGUUCCCGUUGCUUAGAAGCUCCGGGUUAAACAAUACAAGCACAGCCUGCUUUGCUGACCUGGGAAUGAAAACAUUAAGCGUUGUCCCGGCCUUGUGCAUGCUAACGGUUGCAGAGUUAGCUGGAUUUAUUAUUCCGGUAACCGUUAUCGCGUUCUGCACUCUUAAAACAAGAGCUCAACUCACAAAUAAGAUUUUGCACUUCCAAAAUAUGAACGAGAAAAGGAAAGCUCUUCGAUUGGUUGUGACGUGUGCUGCUUUAUUCUUCGUUUGUUUCGCCCCGUACCACAUCAACUUCUUCUUUUAUAUGCUGAUCAAUCUGAACGUCAUCAAAAACUGCACUGUACACAAAGUCAUUCUCACUUUCCACCCUUUUUCUAUUUGCCUUGCAAGUUUUAACUGCUGCUUAGAUCCCAUCCUUUACUAUUUUACGGCAUCAGAGUUCAAAAACGAGGUUGUCCGACACGGGUCCACAGUGAUACGGGGGCGACUCAUGAGCCGGGAGAGCCGAGAGUCAUCCUUUAAAGAGUAACAGAAUGGUAUAGAAAAGAUCUUGUGUGACCUUUUGGCGUGUUUAAGGAUGGGCACUUGCUUGGAACGUCAUGUUUCAAACAAAGUUCACACGGUCAUCAAACAUAAUGUUAAACCAAAGAUGGAGAGAAAAGAGUAUUUAGAAGUAACCCGAUGACGCUCUCCUCUCAUUCUCCAAACACUUAAUCUUCUGGAGUGUUUUAAUUACAGCAACCUUUACCUCUUGGUUCCUUAGCGUGUAAAUAACUGGGUUGAGAAGAGGGGUUAUUACGGAUGGGACGAUUGAGAUGACUUUAUUCAGGUGCAAAAAGUCCUCAGAGUUUGGCCUUAGAAACAUGAAGAUGGUGGUGCCAUAAAAAAGAGAAACAACAAUCAGAUGGGAUGCACAGGUCGAAAAUGCUUUGCUUUUCCCAAAAGAACUUGGAAAAUGGAUUGCGGUGCGAAUAAUACAUACAUAAGAAGCAAUAAUUAGCAAAAGGCAGCCUAAUAUCACAAAACAAGCUGUUACGAAAACCAAUUUUUUAAUGUUUGACGUAUCAGAACAAGAUAGCUUCAGCAAUGGGGCAAAAUCACAGUAAUAGUGGUCAAUAUUACGACCACAAAAUGGCAGGUUGGAGAUCUGAGAACACGGAACGAUGACCAUAAGAAAUCCAAGCACCCAGGAGCCUAAUAAUAGUUUAUAGCAAGUCUUAGGACUCAUGAUAACGACAUAUUGAAGAGGAUUGCAUAUGGCUACGUAUCGAUCAUAGGCCAUAACGACUAGGAGGAAAUUUUCGGUAGCGCCGAAUGUAAAAUGAAAAUAGAACUGGGUCAUGCAACCCGCCAAAGAAAUAGAUUCACAUUUAGUGAGCAGAGCCCACAAGAGUCUCGGGACUGUAACUGAUGGAUACCAGAUCUCUAGGAAGGACAGUCCACCGAUAAAGAUGUACAUAGCUUUGUGCAGACAUUGUUCCUUUGUCACAAUGACGAUGAUGAAAACGUUAGCCAUUAUUGUCACAACAUAAACAAUAGAUACUAAAAGAAAUAUACACAGCUUGAAUUCACGUAUGACAGAAAAACCUACAAGAACAAAUUCCGUAACAAUAGUGUCAUUUUUUCUGUUCAUUGUUUUCAAUUUCGUUCUGCAAGAAAAACAAAUAUUAGAAAAAAUAAAUCACUGAUUUUGGUUUUUAAUAAAAAAAAAUGUACUUAUUAAUUAAAGGCAUAAAAAUAUAGAACUUGACACCAGAUAAGCACCACCAGGAAAGAACGUGCAGACUUU